UGUGCCAUGCUGGUCCCCAACCAAUCCAACACCACUCCUUUGCCUUUUCUCCUGCUGGGAAUCCCUGGCUUGGAAGAUGCCCACACGUGGAUUUCCAUCCCAUUCUGCCUUAUGUACGUCAUGGCCUUGCUGGGAAAUAGCACGGUCCUGCUUGCUGUGAGUCUGGACAAAAGUCUCCACGAGCCCAUGUACUAUUUCAUUUCCAUGCUGGCUGUCAUUGACCUCAUCUUCACAACUGCUGUAGUUCCCAAAAUGCUGAGUGUAUUCUGGCUGGGCUGCAGAGAGAUUGCUUUUCAGGCUUGCUUCACCCAGAUGUUUUUCAUCCACAUGUUCACUGCCGUGGAGUCAGGGGUGCUCCUGGCGAUGUCCUUUGACCGAUACGUGGCCAUCUGCAACCCCCUGAGAUACAUCACCAUCCUGACCAAGGCACGGACCACGCAGAUAGGGCUGCUCUCUGUGGCCCGGGGAGCUGCUGUCAUGACCCCUUUAAUGUGCCUCCUCACCAGCUUACCCUACUGCAGGGACAGGGUCAUCCCCCACUCCUACUGCGAGCACAUGGCCGUGGUGGAGCUGGCUUGUGCUGACCCAUCAGUCAGCCAUCUGUACAGCAUCAUCGUGGCAACGCUGCUGGUGGGGACAGACUCCGUGUUCAUCACCUUCUCCUACGGGAUGAUCCUCAGGUCGGUGCUGAGGCUGCCAUCCCGAGGGGCUCGUCUCAAAUCCCUCAGCACCUGCGGGUCCCACGUGUCCGUCAUCCUCCUGUUCUACAUGGGAGGUCUCCUCUCCAUGUACCUGCAGAUGUUCUCUCUUGGCUUGGCACCUCACACCCGAGUCCUGGUGGCUGAUUUCUAUUUGACGGUCCCUCCCAUGCUCAACCCACUCAUUUAUGGCAUGAAGAUGAAGCAGAUCCGGGAUGGGAUAUUCCGACUGCUGGAGCGGUUGCCAGGACUCAGGUUCUCAGAUGCUCACUGAGCCAGCAAGGCACGCCCAGUAAGCUGCUUAUCCUGCCCUAGGCUGUGUGUGACAAUGCACUGACCCCAGAAAUUGACCCCAGAAUUGUCCAUCUUUCUGCAGCGACUGCAAAGGGAACCUGGACCAGGAGACAGGAAUGGUCACAGCUCAUUUCAGGAAAUAGCAUUGCUUUCUAAUUCUGCAAAGAGUGCAUGUGGGUGAACACCUGCUUUGGAGAGAGGAUAAGGAAAAGAAAAUGUUUCCUGUAAAAUGUGAUGCUUCCAUCCAUCUUUGCUUGCUGCAGUGCCUGCUCCCAGUUUCUCAGAACUGCUAUUGGACUCAUUCAGCUCUGCAGAGCCCCACACUGAUGGCAGCAAGCAGACCUGAGCCUCACAGACCAGAGGAGCUGUGCUGGGCUGCUCCUGCCCAGGGGUUCUGCACCCUGGUUGAGCUGCAUGAGGUUCCUGCUGCCCAUCUCUCCAGCUGCAGGGUGAACCAGGCAUAGAACCACAGAAUCAUGGCUGGAAAAGAUGCCCAAGUCCCACCCAACCCAUCUCUGCAGACCAUGCCCCAUUGCUCCCAGCUCCCCCAGCCCCAGGGCUGAAGACUCCCAAGGAAAGAGUCCCUUCCUCAUUGACUGAUGGACUCUGCAAGAUGAGCUCUGUCACCAUCAGCAGCAACUGGUAACAUCAUGGCACCAAUUACCCUCGUGACGCUUCCAACUUAUUAAUCACGUCACGCAAUCAUUUUUCAUUUCUCCUUUGCAUGCAGCAUCCAAAGCCAACAACAACUUAACCCUUCAGGACCCCAGCAAGGUCUGCUGCUCAGAGGCAGCCCCUGAACCGGCGCACAGCACAGCCCUGCACUUCACUGUCCCUCAAAAUCAGUGUGUUUUGACCCCAACCAAACGAGCACUUCCCAGCAGCACGUCUUACACCACACACAGCCCUGGGUGGGAGGUGCAGCACUUUGGAGGUGCUGUCCGGAAUGGGGCUGCAGGGGUUGGAGGGGACACCAAAAAGGUUUUCUCCUUUCACCUCUGCAUUUUCAGCCCCUGGCCCUGAGGGGGGGAGGGAGGGAUUGGGAGGGUGCCUUUACAGACCUCUGAGAAGUUUGGGCUCAGCUGUUGUUUGUCACACAUCACAGUCAGGUGCCAGGGGACAGCACAGCCCCAAAACACGCGUCCCUCUGCACAGGGGACAAAUUGCAGCAGGGGAUGGAGGUGUCCCAGUGCCACCAAUGCGCCCUGCAGAGCUGGGGUUAAGGAGGGGGGUAUGGAUGGGGGCUGGCAGCACUGAGUGGGUCCUGCUG